AUGGCCAAGGAUCUAAUGCUCACGGUUCUAAAAUCGGGAAAAACUGCUAAAGAACUUUGUGAUCACCUUCAGAAGCUUUUUCAAGAUAACAAAGGUAAUCGUGCUGCGACCCUUGAAAGUAAAUUUGUCAAUCUAAAGUUUGUUGAUUGUGCUAGCGUCGAUGACUAUUGCGAUAAACUAAAAUCGUUGUCGGAUCGACUGACCGAUCUUGAUUUCCCGAUGAACGACAAACGAUUGGUUAUCCAACUUGUCAAUGGACUCCCGGAGGAAUACAACACUGUUGCAUCCUUUAUACAACAGUCCAUGCCUACUUUUGACGCUGCUCGUUCUCAAUUGCGCACUGAGGAGAUUCGUCGUGCACAACAAACUAGUCUGUCGUCAUCAGCUGCUCUUGCUGCCACAGCCUCAUCGACUGAUCGUGGGACUCACCGUAGCCACCGUUCAGGAUCAGGAUCAGGAAAACGCGGACCUCGACAACCACAGCCUGUUCAUACAGUAGCCUCUCCGUCGAUGGAUCCACCCCUACUGCCAACACCGCAGCAAUUCCACCAAGCAUACAGACCUCCAGCAGCGUAUUACCCUCAAUGGAACUCUUACUGGGAAGCUCCUCCGUGUCCUUACCCAACAGCUCCUCAUUGGCAGUCAUCUUUCUCCCCACGUGGAUCAACACAUGGUCGCUCUUCUGCUGCUCAGAGUCGUCCUAGGCCCCCUGUUUACGACCAGCCUCAAGCCUACCUUGCUCCAUCCAACGAGCUGCUACAGCCAACUGACUUUGCUCAAGCAUACAGCUCGAUGACCUUACAGCCACCUGAUGAUACAUUCUAUAUGGAUACUG